CCGGUGCCAGCGGCCACCGUUGUUGCACUCCACUCACGGCGAAGCCGGGUAGCCCUGGGAGCCCGUCCGUCGCCGCUAAUCGCCGCUACUCGACAUCGCCUAAUUAAUUAAGCCCCCGGAUCACAUUUGCAAAUAACAUAAAUCGCGAUAAUUAUUUCCGUGAGGGUCGCUUGCACGGUCCGCCGCCAGGGGCGCACCGCAUUCUACGCGCUUUUCGACCGUAUGCAUGCUGUUUGUGUGUGUGCGUGCUGCGUGCGCGCGGUCGGGGUAUGUCGUGUCCCCGCGGUUUUGUGUGUGUGUAUAUGCGUACACGGUCGACCUGGCUGCGCUUACGCGACGCCACUUUGCGCAUUUAUCAAUAUUACUUUUUGCAAUUGAUAUAUUACGCCGCGGCCCGGCACGGCACGCCACGGCGUACGACGAAUUAGACCGGCGCCGAACGCGCCGCGUUUAUUCGCGCACGCCGCGACUCCGAAAAUCGCGCGCGGUCGUUGAACCUCGCGAGUAGCUCUGCGAAUGUACGUCGUGUAAUACGCCGGGACGAGCUUUCUUUGCAUUCAAAGAAAAUGCAAUUGUUAGCCUUUCGGAAAGCAUUUAUUCCUUUUCUCUUUCUUUUUGCUGACAGAUUUUUCUACAGGAACUUUUCCCCAAGUGUUCAAAAUAUCUUCUUCAUUUAUUAUAAUAUGAAAUAAUACGAUAAUCUGCAACAAGAAUCGAUCAAUAUUUUAUUAUGCUAUUGUGAUAUACAUUAUUUAUGCCAAUCAAUUUGAUUACCAUAUAUUCAUUAACUUGAUUAUCUCCCUAAGCACACAGUAUGAACCUUAAAUACACGGUGCCAUUGUUGUGAACUCGAUAAUAGCCUAAUAUAUAGUAGAUACGAUGAGAUACGGAGCCAAUCGAUAAAAUACCGAAAUAUACGAGUACUAAAAUAGUUGGUCACGCGACGAACGGAUGUUCGUAUCUACCGCGCAUGCAAUUAAAAGACGACGAUGGAACGAUGACUGUUCGUUUCUAGUUCGACGCCGCGCGGCGUCGCGAUUUUAUUAAACGCAUAUUAUUUCCUAAUCACUCACGAACAUUGUAUGUAUAUAUGCAUAUCACUCUCAUCAUUGGCAUGUGCGGCUUUCGAACUUGAAUUACACAUGUGGAUCGCAGGGUCGCACACUGAUGCCAACAGUGUGCGUGUAAAAGCACGAGCUCACAAAUAGUGUAAACAUGGCCUCGCGGUACAGUCACGGUGUUCAGCGAGUUUUAGCGAAAUUGGAGGCGUCGAUAAACUCGGAAAAUUAUUAUGAAGCCCAUCAGAUGUACAGAACUUUGUAUUUCAGAUAUCUCGGCCAGAGAAAAUAUUCGGAGCUUUUGGAAUUGCUAUACAAUGGAUCGAUGCUUUUAUUACAGCAUGAACAGCAUGCAAGUGGAGCCGACUUAGGAAUUUUAUUUAUUAAUGUCUUAACACAAUCUGGGACGGAACCCACGCAAAGCUUCUUUGAGAAGAUUACAAGCUUGUUUAGCUUAAUGAGCCCUACUUCUCCAGAGAGGGAAAUGUUUGUGCAAUCAGCACUUAAAUGGAGUACAAAGGGUACAGAUUAUAAAACUGGUCAUCCAGAUUUACAUCAAAAGGUGGCUCAAGUCUUUUGGAGAGAAAAGAAUUAUAUAAUGGCAAGACAACACUUUAUACAUAGUAGAGAUGGUUCCGGAUGUGCAGCCAUGUUGGUUGAACUUCAUGAACAACGUGGAUAUGUGAACGAAAUAGAUCUCUUCAUAGCUCAAGCAGUUUUACAAUAUCUUUGUUUACAAAACAAAGCAACGGCACAAGAGGCCUUCAAUUCUUAUACUUCAAGGCAUCCAAAAAUAAAUAGUGGCCCCCCAUAUCUUCUUCCUUUGUUAAACUUCUUGUUUUUUCUUCUCAAAACAAUUGACAGUGGUAAACUAGCAAUGUUUACAAUUCUUUGCGAACAGUACCAGAUAUCCUUAAAUAGAGAUCCAUGUUAUCGACAGUACUUAGACAAAAUAGGCCAACUCUUUUUCAAUAUUCCACCUCCGCGUCCACGUAAUCAAGGAUUAUUCGGCUCAUUGUUGCAAUCUUUCUUCAAUGGCCUGGAGGACGAUGAUUCGGAUGAUGAACAACGAAAUACCGCCUCGACCUCGCAUGCUGCCCAAGAACUUGAUUGAUUAAAGGUGAGACAACACUGUGCAGUGUGACGCUAAAUAUAUGGAAUUUUUUAUAUAUUAUUUCUCGACCCAAAUACUUUUGCCAACUGUGUUGUUCAAUAAUAAAUUUUCAAAUUGUGAACAUUAUAACUAAAAGUGAAAUUAAAAAAAAAAAAGAAAAAAGCUAGUAAUACUUCUGGUCUGUGUAUGUAGAUCUUUGGAAUGUGAAAGUAUGUGGGACGACUCAUGGAAUUUAUCAAAGUUGUAUGUAAACUGAAUUCAGAAUAGUGCAGAGAUAUGCUAAUUAUUUAUACAUAUCUAUGUAUACUCUAUAUUUUCUUUAAUUAAAUCAAACUUAUACGGAUGUGCAAUAAUGAGGUGCGUACUUUUGCAUAAUAUAGUAGCUGAGUCUAUAAAUUGAGUAUGAUAUUUAAAAGAAAUAAUGAUGUGUAAGAUUUCCAAAUAAUUCGAACUUUAAUUAAAUAUAACAUUUCGCGAAGCGAGAGAAGAGCCAAAAAAAACGAAGUUGACUUUUCAGUAGUCAAUGUUCACGGCAAGUUAUCUACUUUGUAUAUGCUGUUAUGAAUUCAGCAACUCUACUUAGACUUUGAAUAAAAUCCUUGCCAUUAGCUACAACCUGUAUACCAUGCAUAUAAUCACAUCAAUGUAUACCUGCGUGUAACUGCUGGAUCAAAGAUUUAUUUUAUAUAAACUAAAAUGCGUGAGACAAAUGAGUAUCACGUAAUUAUAGCUUUCGAUAAAAAGAAUUCUUAACGAAGAUUGCUUGUUGCUCCGCAUCGAGAAAAUAAAUUAUACUUGGAACAACAAGCGAUAUAUUUAUUUAUCGAAUUCUACACUGAUAUGACAUGAUUAUUUAAAGCUCUAGAAAGAAGCAAACACUUAUACAGAUGUUUAGUUAAGGAAAUAAAAUGAUCAAUUAUCAUGUAAUGAGAAAAAAUUCUUUACAGUAUUAAUUAAUAAAAAUAUAACAUUGCUGUGUACUAAAAAUGAAAUGGAAGCAUAAGCAUUCAGCUAAUAAAUUUAACUUUGUAAUGAAUAUAGAAACCGUGUAAGUACAUCGAGUAUCCUUUGAUUUUCUAUCAUAUGUUAUUUUUAUUGAUAUUAAUAGUAAUACAUAAUUAUAAUUGUCAAAGUUAUUGUAUUUUACGAAUAUGUAUAACUGAAUCGCGUCAUUGUUUAUAUUCGUCGCACAUAAUAAUUCUACACUUUUUAAUUAAUUUUUUUCAAGAAAUUAAUUAUACAAUAUUCAAUGGCAGAGAGUCAAAUUUUUGAAUUAGGUCUCGCAUUAAGAUUUUAGAAUGUAUGUUUCUAAAAGUGGAUACUCUGUACAUAAACAUUACAUCAGUCAGAUCACGUGUGGAAAUGCAGGAUUAGUAUUUUAAAGAAUUAAUUUAGGUCUUACAUUUGUAUAAAUUACUUGAAAAA